GGGAGUGCGCAUGCGCCGCCACCGGUCACGUGACCGAGGGUAUAUAUAGUGGUGCUUGCCGGAGGUGGCGGCAUUAGUGCUGCGGCAUCCACGGUGAGAGUGUGUUCAGCGCGAUACCAGACAACUUUACUGAAGAAUUCCUUUAUUACUGCAUUGGUGCAUAAUGCAGAUCUUUGUGAAGACCCUCACUGGUAAGACCAUCACCCUAGAAGUUGAGCCUCAAGACACAAUUGAAAAUGUAAAAGCGAAGAUUCAGGAUAAGGAAGGUAUCCCUCCUGACCAGCAGAGGUUGAUCUUUGCUGGCAAGCAACUGGAAGAUGGUCGUACUCUCUCCGACUACAAUAUUCAAAAGGAAUCUACACUUCACUUGGUUCUGAGACUGCGAGGCGGUAUGCAGAUCUUCGUGAAGACCCUCACAGGAAAGACCAUCACCCUUGAGGUUGAGCCUUCAGACACCAUAGACAAUGUAAAGGCAAAGAUUCAAGAUAAGGAGGGUAUCCCUCCAGACCAGCAGAGGUUGAUCUUUGCUGGCAAGCAGCUGGAGGAUGGUCGUACCCUCUCCGAUUACAACAUUCAAAAGGAAUCUACACUUCACCUGGUUCUAAGACUGCGAGGGGGUAUGCAGAUCUUCGUAAAGACCCUCACAGGAAAGACCAUCACCCUUGAGGUCGAGCCUUCAGACACAAUUGAAAAUGUAAAAGCGAAGAUCCAGGAUAAGGAAGGUAUCCCUCCCGACCAGCAGAGGUUGAUCUUUGCUGGUAAGCAGCUGGAAGAUGGUCGUACACUCUCUGAUUACAAUAUUCAAAAGGAAUCAACACUUCACCUGGUUCUGAGACUGCGAGGUGGUAUGCAGAUCUUCGUAAAGACCCUCACAGGAAAGACCAUCACCCUUGAGGUCGAGCCUUCAGACACCAUAGACAAUGUAAAGGCAAAGAUUCAAGAUAAGGAGGGUAUCCCUCCAGACCAGCAGAGGUUGAUCUUUGCUGGCAAGCAACUGGAAGAUGGUCGUACACUCUCUGAUUACAAUAUUCAAAAGGAAUCUACACUUCACCUGGUUCUGAGACUGCGAGGUGGUAUGCAGAUCUUCGUAAAGACCCUCACAGGAAAGACCAUCACUCUGGAAGUUGAACCUUCAGACACCAUAGACAAUGUAAAGGCAAAGAUCCAGGAUAAGGAAGGUAUCCCUCCAGACCAGCAGAGGUUGAUCUUUGCUGGCAAGCAGCUGGAGGAUGGUCGUACCCUCUCCGAUUACAACAUUCAAAAGGAAUCUACACUUCACCUGGUUCUAAGACUGCGUGGUGGUAUGCAGAUCUUCGUGAAGACCCUCACUGGAAAAACCAUCACUUUGGAGGUUGAGCCUUCAGACACCAUAGACAAUGUUAAGGCAAAGAUUCAGGAUAAGGAAGGUAUCCCUCCAGACCAGCAGAGGUUGAUCUUUGCUGGCAAGCAGCUGGAGGAUGGUCGUACCCUCUCCGAUUACAACAUUCAAAAGGAAUCUACACUUCACCUGGUUCUGAGACUGCGUGGUGGUAUGCAGAUCUUCGUGAAGACCCUAACAGGAAAGACCAUCACCCUGGAGGUUGAGCCUUCAGACACAAUUGAAAAUGUAAAGGCGAAGAUUCAGGAUAAGGAAGGUAUCCCUCCAGACCAGCAGAGGUUGAUCUUUGCAGGCAAGCAGCUGGAAGAUGGUCGUACACUUUCUGACUACAAUAUUCAAAAGGAAUCCACACUUCACCUGGUUUUAAGACUGCGAGGUGGUAUGCAGAUCUUUGUGAAGACCCUCACAGGAAAGACCAUCACCCUUGAGGUUGAGCCUUCAGACACCAUAGACAAUGUAAAGGCAAAGAUCCAGGAUAAGGAAGGUAUCCCUCCCGACCAGCAGAGGUUGAUCUUUGCUGGUAAGCAACUGGAAGAUGGUCGUACACUUUCUGACUACAAUAUUCAAAAGGAAUCCACGCUUCACCUGGUUCUAAGACUGCGAGGUGGUAUGCAGAUCUUUGUGAAGACCCUCACAGGAAAGACCAUCACCCUUGAGGUUGAGCCUUCAGACACCAUAGACAAUGUAAAGGCAAAGAUCCAGGAUAAGGAAGGUAUCCCUCCCGACCAGCAGAGGUUGAUCUUUGCUGGCAAGCAGCUGGAAGAUGGUCGUACCCUCUCCGACUACAAUAUUCAAAAGGAAUCCACACUUCACCUGGUUCUAAGACUGCGAGGUGGUAUGCAGAUCUUCGUAAAGACCCUCACAGGAAAGACCAUCACCCUAGAGGUUGAGCCUUCAGACACCAUUGAAAAUGUAAAAGCAAAGAUCCAGGAUAAGGAAGGUAUCCCUCCAGACCAGCAGAGGUUGAUCUUUGCUGGCAAGCAGCUGGAAGAUGGUCGUACACUCUCCGAUUACAACAUUCAAAAGGAAUCUACACUUCACCUGGUUUUAAGACUGCGAGGUGGUAUGCAGAUCUUCGUAAAGACCCUCACAGGAAAGACCAUCACCCUGGAGGUCGAGCCUUCAGACACCAUAGACAAUGUAAAGGCAAAGAUCCAGGAUAAGGAAGGUAUCCCUCCCGACCAGCAGAGGUUGAUCUUUGCUGGCAAGCAGCUGGAAGAUGGUCGUACCCUCUCAGACUACAAUAUUCAGAAGGAGUCUACCUUGCAUUUGGUUCUUCGGCUGCGUGGUGGUCUUUGAAAUAUUUGAAAUGUUAAUUCCUAUUUGUAUGUUAAAGCAUAUAUUUGCAUUUGACAUAUUCCUUUAAUUUAUAGAUGGAGGUUUCUUUUGCACGGAUAUUAUUUUUUACAUUUUAUAAUGUGCUAUUUAAACCAAAUAAAAUUAAAUAGGAAA